AUGGCGGCGUCCAGUAAAGUUAAAACACGUGUUGGUGAAAAUAUCGAGCUAGGAUUUGUAGAAGAGGUCGACAGUGAGUGUUUGUUGAGUUAUCAGUUUCCUAGUAAAGUCGGUGGACUGCCGGCGUGGUUGUCAUUAAAACCAUUACCGUGUUUAGACGAGUUACAAUGUAGAAAGUGUGACGAGCCAACUGUGUUUUUACUACAAGUUUAUGCACCACGUGACCACAGUGAAUUGACAUUUCAUAGAACGAUUUUUAUCUUUAUUUGUAGAAACCCCGCGUGCUGUCAACCGAAUAAUAAUGAUAAUUUGAGAGUUUUCAGAUCACAUCUUGCACGUAUUAAUGAUUUUUAUAGCCCAGAGCCGCCAACGGAUGCUGUUACUGCGAGUACGAGUGCGGAUAAGCGCCCACAUGCACGCGAUUAUCAGACAUUGUGCGUGAUAUGCGGCGCGCCUGGUCCUAAAACCUGCAGUCGCUGCCAUAAAACGUCCUACUGUAGCAAACUGCAUCAAACUAUAGAUUGGAAAGCCAUUCAUAAAACUAUUUGUAAGGAUGAUGGGGGUGGGGACACGGCGUCCGGUGAAACAGUCCUAACUUUCAAACACCCGAACGUUCUGUUUCCCGAAUUUGAACUUGUGACAGAAAAAGAGGAUUUUCAGGCAACCAAAGUCAAAAGCAACGAGGACAAAAUGAAAGAAUAUCGGGAAUUUUUGUCCUCGGAUUCGGCUAAAGACAUAGAUGAUAGUUUGAACCCAGAAGAAUUGGACAAAAUGGCUACAAAAUCAUCUGAAGAUGAUGAACAAUUUCAGGCAUUUAAAGAUCGUAUCCGACACGAACCCGAACAAGUAUUGCGGUUCGAUCGCGGCGGAGAACCGUUAUGGAUAUCAGCAUCGAACACACCUAGCGAGAUUCCGACGUGUUCGUGUGGUAGUUCUAGACAGUUUGAAUUUCAGGUGUUACCCCAGUUGUUGUGUCAGCUGGAUGUAGACAGUGUAGGGGAGAGUCUAGAUUGGGGGGUAAUGGCGGUGUAUACCUGUAGUCAGGAUUGUGAUAUAGGAAAUAAAUACCAGGAAGAAUUCAUCUGGAAACAAGAUCUUGUCAAAACUGAUUAAAUGUUUUAGAUAAAU